AUGUUACAAGGUCUCUUUGAUGAAGAUGCUGGAGAUGGUGAAUAUUACUAUCAAGGAACACCUAGUACAAAUUCAAAGUCUACGGUCGAAAAACCUUUACCACCACGUAAUGAAACAAAUUUGUGUGGCCUACAAAAUCAAGGAGCUACUUGUUAUUUGAAUGCUCUCAUUCAAACAUUACUUUUUACGCCUGAAUUUCGUGAACCUCUUUUCGAGCUAUCUGCUAAAGAUCUUAAUCUUCCAUCCAAUGAUUCGAGUCAAACUCCAUCCAGCGGAAAUAUUUUAAAAGUUCGUAAGAUCAUUGUUGAAUUACAACGUCUUUUUGCUGAAAUGCUUUUACUAAAUCAACAAGCAUGUUCAUCCAUUCGGUUAACUGAUAGUUUUGGUUGGCAAUCGAAUGAAACAUUUGAUCAUCAAGAUGUUCAUGAACUCAAUCGUUUAUUAUUUGAUGCUAUUCAAAAGUCAUUGCAAGGUACCAAACAAUCAAAUUUGAUACUUUCUACUUACGAAGGUUCAACUAUAAAUUAUACGCAAUGUAAACGAUGCCAGAAAAUUUUUAAACGAAGAGAAGACUAUCAAGAUUUACCAUUAGUCGUGCAAGAUAGUCCUAAUUUACAUACAUCACUAGCAAAUAUGUUUACUCUUCAUGAACAUUUAGUUGGUGAUAAUCAAUAUCGAUGUUCAUCAUGUGCAAAUGCAUUAUGUGAUGCGGAAAAAUGGGCUAAAAUAAGUAAAUUACCACCGAUUUUAACUUUUCCAUUACAACGAUUCGUUUAUGAUAUUAAAACGGGCAAUCGACUGAAAAAAACAACACGUUAUGAAUUUCCAUUUGAUAUUGAUUUGAAAGAAUUUUGUGAAGAUUCUGUGAUCGAAACCGAUUAUGAAUUAUUUGCUGUAGUUAUUCACAAAGGUACAUGUUAUUCAGGACAUUAUUAUGGUUAUAUUAAAGAUGUUGAUCAUAUCGGAUGCUGGACACGUCCACCACCGCCACUAUCGCCUGCAACAAAAUCAUCAAACAAACAGAAAGCUGCGAAUGCACGACAUGCAAAUACUCCAAAUAGUAAAUCUCGUAAUGAUCGAACCUCGAAUCAAACCGAUCCAGUUGAAACUGAUGAAGAAAUAGCGAAAAAAAUCGACAUGAUUCGAACAAUACUAUUAUCAUGUGAUGAUUCGCUGACUAUCGACGAUCUUUUCAAAACAUACCGUGACAAUACAACAGUUCCGCGUGGUCGAACUCGUGGUUCUAAUGGUACAUUUGCAAAAUUUCUUCGUACCCAUCCCGAAGUAUUUAACAUAGACGAUAAACGUGUACGACUAGUUGAACAAAUGGAUGUUGAUGAAAAUGAAGUCACUGAUAUGGAUUAUGAAUCAUCACAAACAGAUAAAUCAUUAACAAACGACUAUGAAAAUGAUGAAUAUUGGUUUUGUUUUGAUGAUUUAAGUGUAACAUGUGUGACACGACAAAAUAUUCAACGACAUUAUGGAUUAAAUGAUUGUGCAUAUAUGCUAUUUUAUCGAUUGAAAAAUCAUAGAAAUAAAAAUGGCUCUAUCAUGGAUUGCUCUGAUACAUCCUAUUCCAUAGCACAAUGGUUAAUUGAUGAAAUAACAGAGAAAAAUAAAAUUUUAGAAGAAAAACGGGAAAUAUAUGAAAAAUAUCAAAAUCAAUUACCAGUAACAAUUUAUCCAGGUGACUGGUUUGAAGUAAUCGAUGAUUGCCGAUUAAAUUUAAAUAAUAACAAUCAAGUACUGUUUCCUGAUCAGUAUGGUGAACAUGUAUUUGAUAAAAGAAUAAAAAUAAAUGAAUUUAUAUCCAAUCUGGAGGAUACAUAUGGUGCAGGAAGUCAUUUUUAUGUUGCUAAAAAGCUUCGUUCUGGUCAAUUACAUGUAGUCAGUGAAUUAACAAAUUCCAAUGAUGACUUAACAUUAGAUAAAAAUGAUCUUUCAAAUUAUCGUCAUAUAAUUGUUUUUCAACAUCCAUCGACUUUGUCAGAUACAGUUCUACAAGGUGAAGAAUUCGAACCAAUCAUGCUAAAUAUAGUCUUUGGUUUUCCUGAUGCUCAUAUUCAUGCAUCACGUUUACAAACGACACGACAUGUAUCGAAAAAUACGACAUUAUUUGAAUUAAAGAAAACUCUUUUCUUUGAUUAUUAUCAACAUGAUGAUCCACAACUCUUAAGACUAGUUCGUAUGGGUAAAUUAAAUUUAGAAGAAAAAAACAAUCGUAAAUCACGCAGAGAAUAUAAAACUGAUGAAGAAAAACAAACGCUAGGACAAUUAUAUUUACACGAUGGUGAUACGUUAGGUAUUGACGAUAAAAAUUCUUUUGUACCAAGUUGGAAAGAUGCUUCAUCAAAUAGUACAAAUAUGCGAAAAACUCAUUUAUCAUUAACAGUUAAAAAUAAUAUCGAUUCAACAAAUACAAAACCAAUGACCUAUAGCUGUUUAAAUACAACACCUGUCGGAGAAGUUAAAUCAAUGGCUAUUCAAGCAUUUGGUUUAUCCAUAGAUGCAUCUCUGUGUCGAUUACAUAUCGAUGAUGACUCUGAUGUUGCACAUAUUCCACUCUACGAUCAUCAAACUGUUGAUACAAUUGAAUUUAAACAAAACAAUACAAAUCUCUGUUUAAAACUCGGUCAAGCUCUUAAAGAAAAUCAUCUUCUGAUUUACAUUCUAUCGGAUCGUGAACCUAAUUCCCUUGAACUUGUUGCUGAUCAAAGUAUAACAUUAUUUGACUUGUGGAAUUUAAUUAAACAAGAACUUCAUAUGGAUAAUAAUGAUAAUGAAUAUCAUCUUUGUGAAGUUAGACCAUCAAUGAUAAAUGAUGGUCCACCAUUGAAUGAUUUUGAUCAAACACUUCUAGUCAAUGGGCUUACAAAUGGUGUCCAGUUAAUCAUGCAAUCAGGCAGCGUUGCACCGAGAAAUCAUGUUCGAUUGAGAGCCUUCAGAAUUACAAACAAAUCUUAUAAACCAAACGAAGCUAUUCAUACUCGGCCUAUAUUUGAAAUGAUUGAACUAAAGAAACGCUUUGAAUUACCAAUUACAUCAUCAUAUAAUGUUUUUCGUGAAUCUAUAGCACGAUUUAUUGAUUUUAAAGUCCCAUCGAAUUAUAUUGACAAAGCGCAACCCCUAGAAUUUAUUCGUCUUUAUGAUAUUGAAAAUGAUCAACCAACAUCGAUUGUUCAUGAACCUGUUCUAACAACUCUCAAACAAGCUAAAGUACACGAUUUACGUUCGUAUGCUUUUGAAGUCCUAUUGAAUCCUGAAUAUUUAGCAAAAAAAGAUUUACUUCUUAACAUUGUUUAUUCGAAAGAUAAUGCUAGUAGUUAUUUUCAACAUAGAUCGGAACUACAUUUACCAUUAAGAGACAAUACAGUUGCUAAAUAUGACUAUCUUGAACAACAUGUUUGGACACAUUUUAAAUCAUCAAAAAAUGAUAAUGAUUCAACACAAAUAAAUAAAAUAACAUUAGCACGCUAUUUUCCUGAUCGAGGUCAAUGGUUAAUAAUCGAUCCUUCAUCAGUAACAAAUAAAAAAGUGAAAAUAUCAAAUCUUAAUCUUAAACUUGAACCAUAUAGAUUAGAUGAUUUCACUGUUCUUGGUGCGCUGGAAGGUGAACAUUUAACAACAGAAGAUUUUGAUACUCAAUAUGAUAAAAUCAAAAGACAAAACAUGGAACAAGAAAAAGAACAAAAACGAACGAAUCGUGAAAGAAAUCGAACUGAAAAUGAUCGUAAUCAACAAAACGGAAGUAGUGGACGUCGAAAAUCGCCACAAAAUGCAAUGCGGAUUAAUGUUGAUGAUUUUGAUGGUUAA